AUGAUUCUUAAUAUUGAUAUGGUUAUUCUGUUCCAGUUUUUGGAUAUGGCUGGGGAUCUCAACUUGAAGAAGUCAUGGAACCCGGCGUUGGUUAAGAACCAGAAGAAAGUAUGGGAAGAAGAACAAAAUAAACUUAAAGAAUUGAAACGAAUAAAGGAACUCAACCAAGAGUUCCAGAAAGAACAAGAAUACAGAAACUUGUUGAAGCUUCAAUACGGAGAAGAUUUCAACGAAGGGGAUUUGAAGAAAAAUGAAAAGUUGAAGCUCUCCAAAUUAAACUGGAUGUAUGAUGACAUGCCCAAGACUGAUGAACCUACAGAGAACCUGAGUGGUUUUACCGAGAGCAACGAAGAAUUCUUGGAAGGCAAAACGAAGGUGGAAAAUCUCCUAAAUGGAAAUAAGGCCUUCAACAGAAACAAGCCAAGUGACAAUAUCAACAGAAUCAUCAAUGUUGGAAAAACUGUUUCUUCGGAUAACAAAGUUGCACAAGAAGAUCCAUUGCUUAGUAUUAGAUCUCAGCAACAGAGAAUCAUCAGAAACCAACAGGAGAAGAUGAUUCACAGCCACCGUUCACGUGAAAGCUCCAGAAAUGAUGGGGAUAGAAGAGAAAGAGAGAGAUCAGAUAAAGAAAGAAAAGAGUAUAGAUCAGAAAGGUCAAACAGAGAAAGAUCAAGCAGAGAAAGAUCAGACAGAGAAAGAUCAGACAGAGAAAGAUCAGACAGAGAAAGAUCAGACAGAGAAAGAUCAGACAGAGAAAGAUCAGACAGAGAAAGAUCAAAUAGAGAUAAAGACAGAUCCCAUAGAUCAAGUCACCAUCGCCAUCAUCAUCAUAGAAGCAGAGAUCGAAGUCCUAGCUCUAGACAUGAUUCAGAUAGAAGAGACCAUUCACCUCUAAGAAGUAAUAGGUCCAUAGAUGAAGCCAGGGUUGAGUCUAAAUAA